CAAGGCGCGGGGCAGAGCUGCUGGGGUCGGGGCGUCAUGCGGAGGGGUGAGCGCAAGGGUGCCGAGGGGCCGCGGCCGGGGUCCCCUGUGCCCGUGGGCAAGGCCUCGCUGGAGGAGCCGCUGGACGGCGCGGCCGCGGGCCGAGCGAGCGGGCCGGCCGCUGGCCGCCGCAGCACCGAGUCAGAGGUCUACGACGACGGCACCAACACCUUCUUCUGGCGGGCCCACACCCUGAGCGUGCUCUUCAUCCUCACCUGCGUGCUGGGCUACGUGACACUGCUGGAAGAGACACCGCGGGACACGGCCUACAACACCAAGAGAGGUAUUGUGGCCAGUAUUUUGGUUUUCUUAUGUUUUGGAGUCACACAAGCUAAAGACGGGCCAUUUUCCAGACCUCAUCCAGCCUACUGGAGGUUUUGGCUCUGCGUCAGUGUGGUCUACGAGCUGGUGCUCAUCUUUAUACUCUUCCAGACCGUCCAGGACGGCCGCCAGUUUCUGAAGUAUGUAGACCCCAGGUUGGGGGUCCCGCUGCCGGAGAGGGACUACGGGGGAAACUGCCUCAUCUAUGAUGCCGACAACAAGACUGACCCCUUCCACAAUGUCUGGGACAAGCUGGAUGGCUUUGUGCCCGCACACUUCAUCGGCUGGUACCUGAAGACCCUGAUGAUCCGUGACUGGUGGAUGUGCACGAUCGUGAGCGUGAUGUUUGAGUUCCUGGAGUACAGCCUGGAGCAUCAGCUGCCCAACUUCAGCGAGUGCUGGUGGGACCACUGGAUCAUGGACGUGCUCGUCUGCAACGGGCUGGGCAUCUACUGCGGCAUGAAGACUCUCGAGUGGCUGUCCCUAAAGACGUACAAGUGGCAGGGCCUCUGGAACAUUCCGACCUACAAGGGCAAAAUGAAGAGGAUCGUCUUCCAGUUCACGCCCUACAGCUGGGUCCGCUUCGAGUGGAAGCCAGCCUCCAGCCUGCGCCGCUGGCUGGCCGUGUGCGGCAUCAUCCUGGUGUUUCUCUUGGCAGAGCUGAACACCUUCUACCUGAAGUUUGUGCUGUGGAUGCCCCCCGAGCACUACCUGGUCCUCCUGCGGCUAGUCUUCUUUGUCAACGUGGGCGGCGUGGCCAUGCGGGAGAUCUACGACUUCAUGGACGACCCGAAGCUCCACAAGAAGCUGGGCCAGCAGGCCUGGCUGGUGGCGGCCAUCACCGUCACGGAGCUGCUCAUCGUGGUGAAGUACGACCCGCACACGCUCACGCUGUCCCUGCCCUUCUACAUCGCCCAGUGCUGGACGCUCGGCUCCGUGCUCGCCCUCACCUGGACCGUCUGGCGCUUCUUCCUGCGGGACAUCACCCUGAGGUACAAGGAGACACGGCGGCAGAAGCAGCAGGGCAGGGACGACCAGGGCAGGGCGGACGGCGGCGUGGACGGGCGCCCACCAGGGCCCGACGAGGCCGAGAGGGCGGGGGCGCCAGCGCCGCACUGA